AUGGAUUCUCCAAAGAUUUCUUCAACCUCACUUCUCUUCUCAUCCCAUACCGCCGAGGAAAUCCGAGACUCCAUCCUACGUGCCGGCAACGCCGCUCCUGGUGCAAACGGAAUACCCAUGGCCAUUAUUCGGCACGUGUGGCCUUUGAUUGAACAACAAGUACUGUCUCUAUUUAAUGCGAGCCUCUCUACUGGGAACCAUCCUGAGUGCUUCUGGAAUGCCAUUCUGGUGGUGUUUUAA